CUCCAUGAACUGUUAUUAGGUUGUGAAUCUAUUUCGUAUUAUAACUUACUAGUUCAGUGAUGACUAUUCUAGAAACUUUAUUUCCGAUUGAGAUAUAGGACACACUAAAUGUUCUGAAUUCUGGAGGAGCCGAAAAGGUGUGUUGAAAGUCAUAAGGAUCGGAUGUGGGAUAAAUUCAUUGCUUACCACAUUUCAAUCACAAAUUCCAGACUCAAAACAACCUGAGAUAUGGCGACUCAGUAUACAGCGGCGAAUGUUGAAGAAGCUGUAAAACAGUUUUAUUGUAAUACAGGAAUACAACAAGAAGUUCACAAAUGGCUCACAGCUGCUCAAAUCAGUCCAGAGGCGUGGUCCUUCUGCUUUGAACUGUUGUCAAAAGACAAAGGUUAUGAAGUCCAGUUUUUUGGAGCUAGCACCCUUCAUACUAAACUUUCUCGAUACUGGCACGAAGUUCCCCCUGACCAAUAUGAAAGUCUCAAGAAUAAAAUUAUGACCAAGGUCAUGGAGUUUUCUACUCAACCGAAAAUGGUGUUCACACGACUUUGUGUUGCUUUAGUGUCAUUAUUAUUACAUACAGCACCCGAAUAUUGGCCGGAUCCUAUUCAGAAUCUAAUCACAGUAUUUCAAGAAGGAGAAAUUCCUAAUAAUAAUGUGGUUCAGAGAUGUAAAAUUCUCUUAGAAAUUCUCAAAGUGAUACCAGAAGAGUUUUUUACAACAAAUUUAUCACAGAAAAGACGAGUUGCUUUGAGAAUCGAAUUACAAAAAGGGCUGACGAUUAUUUUACCGUUAAUUCAAGGACUUCUGUCUCCAUCAACACCAACAGAAAUCUACAACCAAGCUUUAUGUACAUUCUCUAGUUGGGUAGAGUUUGGUAUUCCCAUGAAUGAUGGUGAAGAGAUAAUCGGUCAUGUCUUUCAGGCCCUGAAUAAUCCAGAACUAUUUGAUACAGCUGUGGAUGCUCUAGUCAAUGUGUUUUCACACCCAGAUUCACAUCGUUUCCCCUACACCAUCCAAAAACUCUUACCCCAGAUAGAACUGUUACAGUGUAUGUUUCAAAAAGCUAUAGAAGAUUUAGACAUUGAAAAAAGUCAUGGAAUUUGUCGCAUAAUUGUCACAAUUGCUGAAAAUCACACAAAAUUGAUCACUGACUCUGUUCUUAGUGAUGAUGUAACACAUAGAAAUAACGCUAUGCAGUUAGUUAAAAUGGUUUUAAGUUGUACAUCAUUGCCAGGUCAUUUUCCAGUAGAUGAAGGCUGCAGUGAUCAGACCUUUACAUUCUGGUAUGUCUUACAAGAUGAGAUCACUAAUACAGAUGGACCUAAACAAGCUCAGCUCUAUAUGAUGUUCCAGCCAGUAUUUUUCUCGUUAAUGGAAGUUCUUUUGGUAAAAGUCCAACAUCCUGAUGAUAAGGAAUAUGCGUCUUGGACAGCCGACGAGAAGGAACAAUUUCGAUGUUACCGUCAAGACAUUGGGGAUACCAUGAUGUAUGCAUUCAAUAUUCUGCAGGAACCGUUAUUGGGAUAUCUAUGCAAUGUUAUCCAUGGAAUUGUGUCAAAUUCGACUGGAGCGCCUAACAAAUGGCAAGUGAUCGAAGCCAUUUUCUUUCUAUUUGGUUCCGUAGCUGAAAGUGUAGCUCUUGAGGAAUCGCAACAUUUGCCCAACUUGUUUAAAAUGUUACCUCAAAUCCCUUUCACGAAUAAUAAACUCAUUUCCACGGCGUUAUACAUGAUUGGAUGUUUUGGUGAAUGGAUGAAUUAUCAUCCUGAUAUUUUAGGAUGUAUCGUCCCUUUGUUAUUACAAGGAUUAGGGAAUGCGGAAGUGGCAACGUCAGCCACGAUGGCUUUGAAAGACGUAACAAGAGAAAACCUGGAUCAUGUUCAACCUUAUGCACACCAAAUCAUUCUAGCUAGUCAAACAGUACUGGAGUCGAAUACCCUAAAAGAGAGAGACAAUCUCAGACUUAUGUCUAGCGUUGGACAGGUUUUGACUGUGCUGCCAUUCCAAGACAUCCUGCAAUAUCUGGACCGUAUCUUAGCGCCUCAUCUCCAGCAACUAGAGCAGCUGAUAAAGCAGGAACCUUCUAUGGAAAUUAAACCAAUGUUAUUACUGAAAAUUAAUUUAUUAAGUUGGUUAUUUUCCUCGUUAGAUACUGACAGAGAACCUUCGGAAGAUGAUGAAGGCCCACCUAGCCCUGUGAAACAACCCUCUAAUGAGCCCAAACCUGUGUUUAUUGUCCUUCAAAAAAUUAUCCCUUUAAUUAAUUCUCUAGUUUCUAAAUGGAUAAACGAUAUCCCUGUCAUUGAAGCAGUUUGUGAACUUUUUAAAUGUGCUUUGAGAACUUUAAUGGAUGAUUUUAAACCUCUUGCCGAGGAUGUGAUGAAAAUGGCGUGCCAGAUUUAUGAAGCCGUUCCCAACGUUCCAAUUUUAGAUUUGUCAAGGCUUAUGAUUCUGAUGUUCGCCUCCGAACAGAGUCUUGCGAUGGUGUCACAAACACUGUUCGUUACUGUGUGUAACAAGACUUUAUCUUUGUGUCAGAAUCUUUCCAGAGAAUACACAGAUUUGAUCGAAGGAUUUAUGAAUCUUUUAACUCAAGUCUUGAAAAAGGACAAAAAAUAUUUGGUGCUGAACAGUUCCAUCAGUCCGUCUGCCUUUUUCCAUUCUGGAUUGGUUGCCAUGUCACUUCCAGAACAUCAUACUGUACGAUCAGCAUGCUCAUUUUUAUGCGAGUUUCUUCAUGUAGGUCAAGAAAAUCUACCAAUCAAACAAGUGAUCAAAGAAAAUGGCCACCUGCUGGUGGAUCGUAUCUUACAAGCCAUUGGUGGAAAUUCUCCAAGAGGGGUCAUUGAAUAUAUAGCAGACGUCAUUCUCUGUUUGAAUAAAUAUCAUUUUGAGUUUUCUCAUCAAUGGCUGUCGGCCAUGAUAGAACAAGAUGGCUACCCUUCUCUACAUGCACCGAAAAAGGAAAAGGAGAUAUUCGUGAAGACUAUUUCUCGCGAGCGAAUGAAUAAACGUAAGAUUCGAGACACUGUGAAAGAAUUUACGUUGUUAUGUCGUGGUCUGCUAGGAACGGAAUAUGGUGCUCAGGCAGCUGCGUUGUUGUAAAAUUUCAGACCCGUUGUUUUCAAAGUUCUGUUUAUAUAUUAGGGGUUUUCCAAUGAACUCUUUGUGUGCUGCAGUUAAUUGUAAUCCUUCGAUUCCAUAUCGAUAUGAAAUGAUAUUUUUAGAGAGUAUAAAUGUGAUAGAUCUGCAAAAUGAAAUGUAAUAUCCAGAUAAUUUCAGUGGCUGAAAAUUUAAAGAAUUAAUAAUAAUUGCAUGGGGAAACUUGCUAUUUUACGAAUCUCUCUGAAAAUAGUAAUUUUAUCUCAGAUUUUGAAUAAGAAAGGGUCUUGGCCCUCUCACCACAGCUCUCACCAGUUGCAUAUGGUUGCUAAUAAGAAUAGCGGUCAUGAUGUUCAAACACAAUUCUCAUGCAACUAGGUAGUGAGUUAUGGUAAUCAAUAUGGUGUAAGUCCACCUUUACUUCUUUUAUUUAUUAAAAUGCAAAAAAAAAACUUAUUGUAAUGUAGAAAUGGAAUGACAUAUUGUAUUGUAUUAAAUGAUUUAUGCUGUGAAAGUGUUCCAAUUGUCUAAAUUCAUUAUCCAUUUAUUUGUUUAUUUUAGAUGUGUGAAAAUAUGUACAUAAUAUAUUUAUUUAAUGUGUCCAAUCAAAUAGUGCUCUCUCUUGUGAUCUUAUGUCUUAAUAUAUAAAAAUUGUUUUUUGUUUUU